UCUUAGCCAUUAGCUUCCACAAACAGAUAAACACAGAAAAUGGUUUCUUCUUUGUGGACCGUGUCUCUGAUAUUGGCAUCGCUGGCCUCUGCAGCAGUUUGUGCCAACCCGAGGAGGCCAGUGGAUGUACAAUUCGGUAGAAACUACGUUCCUACAUGGGCUUUUGAUCACAUCAAAUACUUCAAUGGUGGUUCUGAGAUUCAGCUUCAUCUUGACAAAUACACUGGUACUGGCUUUCAGUCCAAAGGGUCAUACUUGUUUGGCCAUUUCAGCAUGUACAUAAAGAUGGUUCCUGGAGAUUCAGCUGGCACAGUCACUGCUUUCUAUUUAUCAUCUCAAAACGCGGAGCACGAUGAGAUAGACUUUGAGUUCUUGGGGAACAGAACAGGACAACCUUACAUUUUGCAAACAAAUGUGUUCACCGGAGGAAAGGGUGACAGAGAGCAAAGAAUCUAUCUCUGGUUUGACCCCACCAAAGCAUACCACAGAUACUCUAUUCUCUGGAACUUGUAUCAGAUUGUGUUCUUUGUGGACGAUGUGCCAAUCAGGGUGUUCAAGAACAGCAAGGACUUGGGAGUGAAGUUUCCAUUCGACCAACCUAUGAAGAUAUACAACAGUCUGUGGAAUGCUGAUGACUGGGCAACAAGGGGUGGUUUGGAGAAAACAGAUUGGUCGAAAGCUCCUUUCAUAGCAGCGUACAAGGGUUUCCACAUCGAUGGGUGUGAGGCCUCUGUGAACGCUAAGUUCUGCGACACACAGGGCAAGAGAUGGUGGGACCAACCAGAGUUCCGUGACCUUGACGCAGCUCAAUGGCAAAGACUCAAAUGGGUGCGUCAGAAAUUCACCAUCUACAACUACUGCACUGACAGAAAACGCUACCCUCAACUUCCCCCUGAAUGCAGAAGAGACCGCGAUAUUUAAAUUUUCACACACUUAUGUUACCUUUUACUUUUACCAUAUUGUUGUCACUUUCAUGUACAAUUUUAUAUCACGUCAAAUCUAUCUAUCCAUUGGCACUUUAUUUAUGAA